AUGACGGUGGUGGUGGUAGAUCCGUUCACAGAGUUCCUGGAGCCUUUUGAAAGAGUUAUCCAACGUGAGGAACUAUGGCUCUACAAGAACCCUCUGGUGGAAUCAGACCACAUCCCAAAGAGAGUCAUGUUUACAAUUUCAUUCCUCACCCCGUUGGCUGUGAUAUUUGUGGUGAAGAUUAUACAGAGGACAGACAAGACAGAAAUUAAAGAGGCUUGUUUAGCAGUAUCUCUCACACUAGCUUUGAAUGGCGUCUUCACAAAUACAAUCAAGUUGAUCGUUGGCAGGCCAAGGCCAGACUAUUUCCACCGUUGUUUCCCUGACGGACAGAUGAAUGCAAAGAUGCUGUGUACUGGAGAGCCAGACCUAGUGUCUGAGGGCCGGAAAAGUUUUCCCAGCAGCCAUUCCUCCUCUCUAGCAGAUGUGUCUCUCCCGCCCAAAGAUAAUUGA